UCCUUCGGGCAAAGCAGAGAAAGCGCGCAAUAAUGUCGGGUUUCUCUUUCGGAUCUGCUUCAUCCCAGUCUUCAUCUUCCCCAUCUCCAUUUUCCUCCUCGAAUCCUUCAUCUUCCCCAUUCUCAUUUGGCUCAUCAUCUUCCCCUGCUUUCUCCUUUGGAUCUUCCUCCCUCUUCUCCACCACCACCGCAAACCCUACCUCCACCGCUUCUUCUUCUCCUUUCACUUUCUCCUUUGCUUCUUCUUCCUCCUCAUCCACCACCGCUUCUCCAAUCUUCGGUGCCGCCAGUUCGGCUUCCCCCUUGUUAUCCUCAUCCUCUCCUGCAGCGACGCCGUUUGGGGCAACAUCCUCUUCUGCAACGACGCCGUUCGGGGCUCCGUCCUCUGCGACGAAGCCGUUUGGUGGAACUUCCUCCGCUUCGACGACGCCGUUUGGAGGAGCGUCCUCAGCUGCGUCGACACUUUUUGCUGGAGCGUCCUCAGCUUCAACUACGCCGUUUGGUGUAACGGCCUCAACUUCGACGACGCCGUUUGCUGGGGCCACCUUAGCUUCCGCGACGCCGUUUGGAGGAGCCUCGUCAGCUUCAACGACGCCGUUUGCAGGAGCAUCCUUAGCUUCAACGACGCCGUUUGGAGGAGCACCCUCAGCCUCAACGACGCCGUUUGGAGGAGCACCCUCAGCCUCAACGACGCCGUUUGGUGGAGCAUCCUCAGCUUCAACGACGCUGUUUGGAGGAGCGUCUUCUGCUUCGACCACGUUUGGAGUAGCGUCACCUGCUUCGACCACGUUUGGAGUAGCGUCACCUGCUUCGACCAUAGCUUCAACGACGCCGUUCGGAGGAACGUCCUCUGCAUCGACGCUGUUCGGAGGAACGUCUUCUUCAUCGACCUCGCUUGGAACAACUUCUGCAACGACGCCGUUUGGAGGUAGUACUUCCUCUACUGCGUUCGGUGGGUCAUCGUAUGCCGCAGCGACCGCGUUUGGGGCAUCUUCUGCCGCUUCGGUGUUUGGAGGAUCAUCCUCAGCUGCUGCAACGACGCCGUUUGGAGCGUUCACUGCUUCUUCAGCUUCCUCUUCAGCAGCAGCUAGCUCUCCUUUGUUUUCAAGUGCGUUCGCUACUGGUGCUUCGUCUUCUAGCUCAACGACGUCGUUUUCAGCCUUUGGAAAGCCAUCUGCUCCAGCCUCCACGACGACAUCUUCUAGCUCUUCGGAAUUCUCCUUUGGAACCCCCACUUCCUCUGCUUCUCAACCCUCUCUUGGGUUCCCGAAUGCAGCUUCGGCUUCGGCUUCUUCCGCAUCUGCUGCGACCAGCACACCGGCUUCCACGCCAGCAGGUUCUUUUUCUUUCACUACGUCUUCAGCACCACUGUUCUCGACGGUGACGACCACCACUGCAUCUACCGUGGGUACUGCCAGCACGGCCUUGUCGUCUUCUGUGCCUGCCUUUGGUGCCACGGGUGCAUCUGCUGCUCUUGCAAGUUUUCCCUCGUCGGCUUCCGCGAUUCCUGUGGCUACCACUGGUGCUGCAUCAUCUGCUAGUGGAGGAUCAUCUUUUACUGGGUUCGGCAUAGGAAGCACGGUCACAUCUGCUGCUUCUUUUGGGACCGGGUUUUCCUUUGCAACUAAGGCAUCAACGCCAGCAGUUUCGAGUGUUACUGCUCCUGCAUUUGGGGUGAGCACUUCUUCAGCUGCCACUGCUCCAGCAAUUUCCAGUUUGAGUACUAGUGCAACUCAGACAUCAUCUGCUGUUGUUGUAGCUUCCACCAGUGGAACUACUUCAACUGUCAGCACUUCUGUUGCUGCUGCACCAAAAUUGCCAUCUGAAAUCACAGGGAAGACUGUGGAGGAGAUUAUCAAGGAGUGGAAUGCUGAGUUGCAAGAGCGAACUGGAAAAUUUAGAAAACAAGCAAAUGCAAUUGCUGAGUGGGAUCGCAGGAUUUUGCACAAUCGUGAUGUUCUAUUGAGGCUUGAGAUCGAAGUGGCAAAAGUAGUUGAGACACAGUCAAAUUUGGAGCGGCAAUUGGAGUUGAUAGAGACUCAUCAACAGGAGGUUGAUAAGGCUUUACAAAGCAUGGAGGAAGAAGCUGAACGCAUUUACAAGGAUGAGCGUGGGCUACUUCUUGAUGAUGAGGCUGCAUCUACAAGAGAUGCAAUGUAUGAGCAAUCUGAAUUGAUAGAAAGGGAACUAGAGCAGAUGACAGAACAGAUAAAAUCAAUUAUCCAAUCUCUUAAUUCAAACCAGGGUGGAGAAUUUGAUACACUUGAUGGAAUGACUCCAUUAGAUGCAGUAGUUCGAAUUCUAAAUAAUCAACUAACCUCUCUUAUGUGGAUUGAUGAAAAGCCGUGUAAAGAUGCUUCUGCCGUAUGUGAACUUAUUCUUAUUCCCCCUUGCAAGUUAUUAGAAAUAUGGGGACACGUGACAUCCAAUGAAAGCCUGCAUAGUGCAUACUUCAUACAGUCCGUUUUGUUUUUUGCUGCAACUGCUCUGACUUUGAUCUAUCCACUUCAGGCUGAAGAAUUUUCUUCCCGUAUUCAGAAGCUAGCUAACCAAGGUUCUACUUCAGAUCGUGAACUGACGGGUCCAGGAAUCUGGAUGUCCUGAUAUUUCAAAUUUGUACAGUUUAUAUCAACCUUUCCAAAAUUAGAUGAAAUACCGGCAAGAUUUAUAUUUGUAUGGAGAGGCUAUUUUUGUAUUUACUUCCCGAUAUCACUUCUAUAAUUUCCUUAUGAAGAAAAGCUGUCAUUAUCAAAUAUUUAGCGGUAAAGCACGAAGGACUAACUUUUUUUGUAGCAACUUUCAACUAUGAAAAUGUUUGAGAUUCCUUUGAGUUAAUGCCUACGAAUUUAGAGAUAUUAGAAACAGGAUGGCAAUGUGCUGGGUGAAAUACUAAAAUCUCCAUACCUACGUUAAAGAGAAAAGCCUGUAUCUGGGCUGAUAUUUGUGAGCAGUAAUUUUAGGUUGUUUUCAUAUUUGACGGGUAUUUAAUGUAUCAGAAUUUUAG